AUGGCAACCUCCUUCACGGGAAGCCCCCUGCUUGUGAAGAAGUCCAAACUGGAGGAAAGGCCUCGCCGACCUUCGCUGGCUGGGAAUGCGUCAGAACCUCUCCUUCCCAAAUCGAUGGAAGCGGGUCGCCGCCCGCGUGGAUUGCCAGCACCAGGAGCCCUGCAGCCCGCAUUGGCUACGUCCACGAGGCAUGCACAAGCGACAAGCGCCCCCAUGCUGGGUACGAGACCCAGGUCACUAGACACGGCGAGAUAUGAUUACAAGGCUCCCCAUAAGCCACUGCCGACUUUACACGCUGAAAUGCAGGCUUCCGGCAGCCAUGUACAUGUCCACCAGCGGAAGGUGUCUCCGGCACCGACCGUGUCAGAGGAGGAAAACGAAUUAUUGAGGUGCUGUAGACAAAUGGUGUGUUGCAAGGAAAGGAAGGAACCCACAAAGACAUCGCGAUUCUGUAUCAUUAUCGGUGUCGUCUUGUGGAGCGGUGCAAGCGCAUUCCAGGUAGCACUUUGUUCUUCCAUGGUGGAAGCAAGCCAAACGUUGCAUGACUCCGUGAACUGGAGCCUCUGCAUAGCGCAUCACUUUGCGGCCGAAGUGCUUCAUGGUUCAACCUGGUUCCUGGGUACAGAGCCUGCCCUUCGUCGGUUUAACAGUGUUGGUAUCGCCCUUGAUGCAGACAGCGUCGCCAGCAAGACACUUGGAAGCGUUAUGGCAAACUCGGAAGAUUUCUCACGGAAGCAUGACAUGCUCCUGCGCCGGCUGCAGCACAUCUCCAGUAAUUUAGAAGCAGUCGGCUUGGGCCGACGUCUGUUUGACCACCGCUGCGUUUUUUGCAAUUUGGCUCUUGGUGUCGGCGAGGGAGCUGCUUCCUCCCUUCCUUUAGGCUACCCUUCAGUCGGACUUUUGCACGCCUUGGAGCAGCAAAUUUCGGCUUCAUCUUCGCAGGCUACUGCGACGAUUCGACAGAUCGCUGCAACACAUUUGACUAAGCAGAACCUGACCGACUUGGCUCAGUCCAUGAAAUAUGCCAACAUCUCGUUCAGCUUGUUCAAUGAGGCCGUAGUGAAAGAGGCGGUUGCAAAGCUUUGGGUUAAGAACCGGCCACACAUUGAUACGGUCGAGUCGAUCCGGCACUUGCUCUUUGUGUCUGUGUCCGUUCUAGCUGGCCUGGGUGCCAUCAUUGGCUGGGCAGCCUUUCUCCGUACGCGGUAUAAGUAUGCGAAGAUGGGUGAGGAUCCACACGCACGCCCGCCAAGCGGGAGACUGCAUCUAGUCUCAUGGUGCUGUGCUUUUUUGCACACCUUCCUUGCCCUUACACUCGGGUCCAGCCUUUUUAUUCUCACGGUUCCGGUGGCAGAAACCUGCGUCUUCGUCCGAAGCGAACUUCUAACUUUCGAAGGUUUGGAAAGGUACGCUUCGGUAUUCGGCGUCUUCCUGACCGAUGAGGACACGAAUGAAGCAAGGGCAGCUAGAGAAGCGGUAAGGCUCGCACAGACUUGCCUUUCUCGAAACCGGACUGGGGACAUGCUCACUGCUAUCGGUUUGGGUGGAUCUAAGCUGGAUUUUCAGAGCGAGCUGGCCGAGAGCUUCUACCAGCUCGAUGACAAGCUGGCUGAGCCACCUCUAGGCGUGCAAUCUGCAGACCUAGUUCAGAGGUUGAUUGAUGCAGCAGAAGACUUUGGUGGCACAUUUUUGCUCGACCCUGUGGGACCAGACAACGAGACUGAGUCUUAUGGCAGGCUGGAGCUAGGAUCCAAUGUGGAGGGUCUUCUUCUGAAUUCUGGGUUGGCUGCCGAUGAUCAGAUAGCCCCUGACAGUGUCACAACCAUACGUGGACUCAACACCUAUGCGGAGCUGAUUGCUGGGCCUGGUCAAUAUACAUUUCUCUCCGGCACUUCGGGUGGCGGCUUUGUAAUAUCUCCGACUCGGCCCUCAGAAUCAGAGCUUGAGUCGCUGCCAACAGAUGUCGGCAAUGCCUUGCGCUAUGCGCAGAACAAGGAGAAACUCUUGGCCGCAGAUGCUUUGCAAUGCAAUGUGAUGUCUGACGACGGCUCCAUUCACUUCCGAGCUUGUGGUGUGCACGAGUUUCAUGAUCAUGUCAUUGCAGAGGCGGGCUUGCUGAAGGCAGCACUGGCAGAAACGACGGAGAUGGCAGAUGCAGUCCAGAUCUUGUUCGCGCGAGACCUGAAGUCAGAGCUUCUUCCAACAUUGACGUCAUUGAGGAGCUUGAGAUCUUUGCUAAAUUGCGCAGCUAUGUGGCAGCGGGUGGAGGAAUUGGAUACGUCUUUCUGUGAUGACAUCGCCAACACUAUUUCGCGUGGGGCUGCCCAGAGCAUGGCUCAAGCCUUGGCAGCAUUCGUUGGACUGGUCGUCCAGUACAAAAUCUGGCGCCGAUUAAAGGACAACAAGACCCUGCAGGAUGAACUUGGCCGCUACGAGAAGAAACUACAGCAGCACAUGAGGCAGCUGAUGCAGUUUGAUGCAGCUCCACAAGAGAGCAAACAUCUCCACAAUCCGCGGCUGCCUCAAAUGGAAACAGAUAUCCAGGUGAACAUUCAAGGCCUCAGCUUGGACUGA